CUUCAUGAUCAAAUCAUGGGAUUCCUCGCUUAUUUGCGAAUUAAAAAAUCGCACCAACGGAAUUGGUCUAAUCAUCUAAGAGAUCAAGCCAGUGACGGCAAUACACAUAAUAAAAAUGUUUCGGAGGAAAGAACUACAAAUGUACCUUACGUUAAGCUACCUGCGCCAUUUAUAACGGAAGAGGAAUUCUUCAAAAAUUGGAACACUUGGAAAAAUGAUUUUCUUGCAUUUAAAAGAGCGCAGAAUAAAAACAAUUCUGACAAGCAACAAUGGGGAAACCUAUUAUUAAAUUUAAUGGGUCCAGUUGGACAAGACAUUCAUAAUACAUUUGUAUUCAAUUUUCCAAAUGACAAAGAAAAUGUAGAUAUAUUAAUAGAAAAAUUUGGAGAAUAUUACGUAUUUUCAGGAAGAAAGAAGAUACCUUUAGAAAAUGUUUAUAAAUAUAUAAAUGACCUACAGUUGAUAAUCAAAGAAAAAAAUAUUGAAAAUGAAGAAGAAUUAAUAAAAAAGAAAAUUUUAACAGAAAUUAAUGAACAUCAAUUUACAAAUGCUGCUAAACAAUUAAUUCCAACAUUUAUAUUUUCCUCUGAUUUCAACAAGUUAACAUUAAAGGAAAUCGCAUUUAUUUGGAAAUUGUACACUGAUAUCAUCAGUUGUUUAUGUUGUGGUGGUAAUCAUUCUUCUGAGAAAUGUCCAGCAUUGGGAAAACAAUGUGUAAAAUGUAACAAAUGGAAUCAUUUCCCAAGACGAUGUCCAACGAUUUUCAUUUACAAUUGCAAUUAUUGUGGAGGUGAUCAUAUGCGUAAGAAAUGCCCAGCUUUUAAUGAAAUUUGCACAAAAUGCCAGAAAUUAAAUCAUUUUAAGUGGAAAUGCCAUCUUGUUCAAAUUGCACAAUGUCACUUUUGUGGUUUAAGCCAUGCUGCAUCUAGAUCACUUUGUCCAGCAAAAGAUAAUGUUUGCUCUAUUUGCAAACAUAUAGGGCAUGUUCCUUCAAAAUGUAAUAAGAAAUUUUAUGCACAUAGACAUUAGGAUGGUGAUACUCUUUCAUAUAAUUGAAUUGAAGAAUGCUUUCCUAUACUUAUUAUGUAUCAAAAAUAUUAAGUAAAUAUUAAACACUAAAAGCACAUUAAUCAAAGUAUCUGUUCAUAACAAUUUAUUAACAAUUUUAUACAUACUUUAAUACAUAAGAAAAUAUAAUAUACUUUUUAUUACAAGUAUAUAUUUAUGUAUGUUCAAAACUGAUUUUGAAAUAAUAUAUUUUAUCAAAUGUU